UGCCUCUGUGGGAGGCAGGUCCUGUAAGCUAUGUAACGUGGAGCCUGGUGGCUCCUAUGUGGAUGGAGGCGGAGACCUCCGAGGUUGAGACCGGAAGUGAUGUUCCGGAAGCGAACAAGUUGUGCGUGUGCUGUCAUCGUAAAAUGGCGUCUGAGGUGAACGGAGGGUCUCUCCUUCCUAAGGCCAAGACGCUCCAUCCCUCUACCAAAAUGCAGUAUUCCCAUCACUGUGAGCAUCUUCUAGAGAGACUGAACAAGCAGCGAGAAGCAGGCUUCCUUUGUGACUGCACAGUAGUUAUUGGUGAAUUCCAGUUCAAAGCUCACAGAAAUGUGCUUGCCUCCUUCAGCGAGUACUUUGGUGCAUUUUACAGGGAUGCCUCUGAUAGUAAUGUGGUUUUGGAUCAGACUCAAGUGAAGGCUGAGGGAUUUCAGAAACUCCUGGAGUUUAUAUACACAGGAAACUUAAACCUUGACAGUUGGAAUGUUAAAGAAAUUCACCAGGCUGCUGACUAUCUCAAAGUGGAGGAGGUGGUCACUAAGUGUAAAAUAAAGAUGGAAGACUUUGCUUUUAUUGCUAAUCCCUCCUCUACAGAGAUUUCUAGUAUUACAGGAAACAUUGAACUGAACCAACAGACUUGCCUCCUCACUCUUCAAGAUUACAAUAAUCAAGAGAAAUCAGAUGCCCCUUCUGCAGACUCAGUUCAGCCACAAGCAAAAAAAGUAGGUUUAGAAAAGAGAUCUACUCAGACCAGAAAGCGAAAAAAGACUUUUAACUCUCAGAAAAACACGAAAAAUAAACCAGUGCAAUAUCAGACUGACAUAAUUGAGAACUCAUCAGUCGAUAUGUUUUUAGAUGCAAAUAAACUGGCCACACAGAUAACGGAACAAGCUGCCCAAGGCAGCGAUAACUCAGAACUACAGCUAGUGUCUGUGGUGGAAAGUGAAAUGUUUGCAGCACAAGAUGUUUUGGUUCAGACUAUUACAGUGAAACAAAAACGGGGGAAGCCACAGCAGAACUGUGCAUUGAAAGAACACAGUAUGUCUAAUAUAGCUAGUGAAAAGAACUCUUACCAACUGGAGAGCUCUGGAGAAGAACUCGAUCAGAAAUACUCCAAGGCCAAGCCGGUGUGCAACACUUGUGGGAAAAUAUUUUCAGAAGCCAGUAGUCUACGACGACACAUGAGAAUACACAAAGGAGUAAAGCCUUAUGUGUGUCAGCUCUGUGGAAAAGCAUUUACACAGUGUAAUCAGCUGAAAACACAUGUCAGAACGCACACAGGGGAGAAGCCAUACAAAUGUGAAUUGUGUGACAAAGGCUUUGCCCAGAAGUGCCAGCUUGUUUUCCACAGUCGCAUGCAUCAUGGAGAAGAGAAACCAUAUAAAUGUGAUGUAUGCAAUCUGCAGUUUGCAACUUCAAGCAAUCUGAAGAUCCAUGCCAGGAAGCACAGUGGUGAGAAGCCCUACGUGUGUGAUAGGUGUGGGCAGAGAUUUGCUCAGGCCAGUACGCUGACGUACCAUGUUCGUCGCCAUACGGGAGAGAAGCCGUAUGUGUGUGACACCUGUGGGAAAGCAUUUGCAGUGUCCAGUUCUCUGAUCACUCAUUCUCGAAAACAUACAGGAGAAAAACCAUAUAUAUGUGGCAUUUGUGGCAAAAGUUUUAUUUCCUCAGGAGAGCUCAAUAAACAUUUUCGGUCUCAUACAGGUGAAAGACCAUUUAUCUGUGAACUGUGUGGAAAUUCUUACACAGAUAUAAAAAAUUUAAAAAAGCACAAAACAAAAGUUCACACAGGAUCCGAAACCACCCUUGAUUCUAACACAGUUGAUAAUUCCUACAAUGAACAAGAAUCCAUUCAGAAUCAGAAAAGCCCGUUGUCAGAGUCUGCAGAUGUGAAGCCUUCUGAGAUGUCUUUACCACUUCCUCUUCCCAUUGGGACAGAAGACCAUCAGAUGCUGUUGCCUAUAACUGGUAAUCAGUCUCCUCCUUCAGACACAUUGCUGAGAUCUGCUGUGACUGGAUAUUCAGAACCUCAGUUUAUUUUCUUGCAGCAGUUGUACUGACUCUGUGUGAUACGGGAAUCAACUAGACAAUCCUGAUAGUGAACAAACACAUUACUGGUAAGGUGAUCAUCAUCAUCCAAGCUGUUGGACUUGCUCUUACUCAUUCUUUUGAGUGAAGACAUUUGGUAAUGUAUCUACACUGUGCAGUGCUGUUUCUCACUUGUUAAAUUUUGCUAAUCUGAAAUCAUAUUUACCAUUAUAAUUGACCACUGACAUUUCCUAGGAGGAAGUAUCUUUCCAGAGCUCCUGCCUUAAGAAUCGUCUGUUAAAUAGAUACGUAACUGUACUCUGGAGAUCUCCUCCAAUGCUCAUGCAGAGCUAACAUUUUAGUGACAUUUGUGAGCAGACUUUCAAGCCAUAUUUUUGUUAGUUGGUUUACUUUAAAUACCUUAACUCACAGGUGUGGUCCUUGUACACAGCCUUGUUUUUAAAAAAAAAAAUUGCAUGAAAAAUUUAUUAAACACAGGCUUCCAAACUCCAGGCCAAUGUCAGAGGAAUAUAUGAUGGCAACUGGGCAGUUCUCUGGUGAAAUGUUUUUGAAGCAUUAUUGGUGUUGAUCAGAAGUAGCUUUUGCCAGUCUGAGACUAGAUGGAAAGCUUUGGGCAAAUGCCACUGACAGGUGAGGGAGGCUUUUUUCUUGAACAAUGAUUUAGAGGCUAGAUAGCACAAUGCCUUUCCCUUUCCAAGGCCUGGAUUCACUUUCAGAAGUGACAAAAAUGAGUUUGCCCCUAGCUGUCAUCUUUCCACAUCCCCCAAACAUCUUAGUUUGACAGAAGUGACAGUCUUCUGCUCAGGAGAGGUCAAAAGAUGGAAUAUGAUGAAUGCAGUAGGUCAGAUUGGAUUAAGAUUAUUGUAAGUACGAAGGUGUAUUGAGUUAGCUGUGAGGAGACUGGUAGCACGUUUGACUUUUAUCAUCAUAGUUAUUAACAUUACAGUAGCACCUAGAGCUCCCAGUCAGGAUCAGAGCCCUUUUGGGUUAAGCACUGUACAGACACAUCAGAGGAGACAGUUCCUGCCCUGAUGAGCUUACAAUAAAUGAGCAGUAAAUUUACUCUUAAAAAAAUUAAGUGAAAGCUAAAGAUGGGGGUGUUUUAGUAAAGAAGAUUGACCAGAGGCCAUAAACUUUUGGGUUACCCACAAUAGGCUCUUACUAUUCCAUGCCAGAAUUCAGGAGGGCAUAAUAGAAAAACAUUUCCUUAAAAAAAAUAAAUGCAGUGUUUAUCUACUGCUUUAUUUCCCAUGCCAGUAGUGCAGUUUUAGGCAGUUCCUGUAGUUUGUAGCAAGACCCAUGUGAAAAAGGUUUGUGGGUUUUUUUUGUUGUUUUUUUUUUUAAACAAACACUCUUGUGCCAGAGUUGGCACACAGGGCAGAUAUUAGGCUCUUCAAUUCCUCUCUGUCUUUUGCUGCUGCUUCUGUCUGCUCUAUGGUGCUGAGACAAACUAUUUUGCCCUCUCUCUCUGCUAACGGUUGUUCUUAAGGUUUCUCUUGGACUCCUUAUUUCCUCACACCAGUUGGUUUCCACUGAACAGCUUCAUGUGGAGUCUGACAUCCAGAGUACAUACCCCAUAUCCCAGAUAUGUUCAGGGCUUCCUUCUGAGUGUGGUGGAAAUGAGUUGCUGAUUGAUGAUUUCAUGGAUCUCUUCAUUGGUAAUGAAGUCUCUCACUCUCCAGAAUCUUACAUGGGCACUUAUUUUCAAUGGUGUCUAGUUUUCUGUCUAACCAUUUGGUAGAUCUACAUCUGUCACAGCCAUAUGUUAGCACUGAGAUUACAUUAGAAUUGAAAAUUCUCAGUUUUGGUCUGAUUUUCUAUAGGAAGGUUAGUAAAUGCUGUGGGUGCCUUUCCUAUUCUUGAUGUCACUUCCUUCUUGUGAUGUCCAUUGGUCAAUAUAGUGCUGCCAAGGUAGAUGAAUGGGUUUACUUUCUUGAUAUUUUUGCCAGUAAUAUUAAUAUUACUGCUUGAAAUCUAGGUUUCAAAGAUGUUUGUUCUAGCAUGACUAAUUUUGAGCCCUGCUUGGCCUGUCGUUGGCGGCGGCAAGGUUGUCUGUCUUUAUUAGUAACUUCUCAUGGGUGUCAGUCAGCAUGUCAUCAGCACAGUCUGGGCCUUCUAGACAUUUGCCAACUCCCCCAUGCUAUACCAGUCUUAGUGUUGCUAAUAGACUUCUUCAAUAUUCAGUCUAUGGCAAUGCCAAACAGCAGUGAUAAAAUGCAGCCCUGUUUCACAUUAGUGUUCACACUGAACCAUUCAGUUGUCUGGGUGUCCACCCUUGCAGAGCACUUCACAUCUCUGUACGUGGCCUUGAUGAUGAUUAUGACUUUAGCUGGGAUUCUAUAGGAGUAAAGAAUGAAUAGUCCAUAAUGUAGAUAUCUUUGAAAAAAAAAAAUCAGUGAAAUUGUUGAGGAGAGCUUGUCAUUCUAUAGUUUCUUCUGCAGUAGUCUGUAACUGAAUAUCUGGUCUACACAGAAUCUUUUGGGCCUGAAUCCAGCCUGUUUUCUACGCUUUGCAUCCACUGCCUCUUUCAUCCUAUUUAGAAUCACACUACAGAAGGCUUUCCCUGCAGCAGAGUAGUGUAACUCCUCUUCAGUUGUUACAGUCAAUAAGAUCACCCCUUUUGGACAUUCUGAUGAUUCCAUAUUUCCAUUGGUCAGGAGGCUUCUCUUUUUCCCAACCUUUAUUGAACAGCUCUGAAAGUUUCAUUAAGGUGAUGGUAUCAAAUGUUUAGCAUUUCUGCAGUGAUUUGAUCAUCUGCUGCUGCUUUGUUGUUUUUUUUCAGCUUCCUGAUUGUGGCCUGUACUUCUGUCAUCCCUCUUGGACUGAUGUUAACGUCAAGUUGGUCAGAUUUGCAUGUUUAAAUGGAAGUCUGGUGCUGAAGUCGACCUUGGUCUGAGAAUUUCUGUAAAUGCUCUGUCCAUUUAUUUUGUCUGUUCUACCUCAGUUGUAAGCAUUUUUCCAUCUUUGCUUUUUAUUGGCCCAUGUCCUAGUCUGAAAUUGACACACAGGAUUUUAAUCACUUGGUAAAUAGCUCUGAUAAUUGCUUAAUAGCAGCAGCUUCAGCUGCUAGAUCUUCAUUGUAGAUUCAUUCUUCUGCCCUUGCAUUGCUUUUCACCACUCUAUCUGCUUUCAUGCACUCCUCUGCUUUUUCCAGUACUCUAGUUGGUUUUAGCAUUCAGGAUUUUUCCUUUCGGUAUCUUUCCUUCCUCAAAAAGAACAGGAGUACUUGUGGCACAAGUACUCCCGUUCAUUUUGCAGAUACAGACUAACUCAAACUCCUUUCUUCCUCAGUGAGAUGUCAUCUCUCUUGAGUUAUCCAUAUCUUCUUCUGCCUCUACUGAUAUCCAGCUGUGGCUACUGCAGCUUGAACUAUAUUGUCUGUAAGCCUGGCCCAAGCAGUUUACAUUAGCUUUUUCUUUUCCAAGCAGUGUUUCUGGUGUCUGACAGCGUCACUGCUUAAGGUCCAUUGUGAUUAGUGGGAGUGUUUUUAUGCCUCACCAAGUCAAUCUUAGACCUGUCAAGAAUCAUCAAAUAAAGAGCCACAGAGGUAUGUUUUCUCCAGUCAGACAAACAGCACCUGUGAUAUUUUUAAGUGCAUUCUUUCUUGGUUGGUUAUUUGUUGAUACCAUUUUAUCUGCAUUGGUGCCUUGGGUCUAGGCCCUGGUAAACAGAAGAGCAUAGAAGAUGCCACUUAAUAUAAUUCCUACUCUACUCCAUAUAACAACUCAUCUUCACCUUAAUUAAAAGGGCCUUGUGAAAAAUUUUGUAGUGGAUUUAUCCUCUGCAAAUGGAUUCCUGAAUCCUGGGCAUGGCUCUGUCUUCUAUUUGUUGCUUUCUUUAUCCGUGUGUCUGUUUUCCUUUGUCUGUACCUUUUAAAUGAAAUAGACCUUUCAUCUUUUGUUGUUUAUCAUUUUAAAUGUGACGUGUAAUAGUGUUUUUGAUUGUUUAAUGCUUAAUUACAUGUGGUCGAUUUGCUGUUGAGGCUUACUGGACAUUAUGAAGUACAACCAAGUCUCCCAAGAGUCUUCUUACUGCACUGAAGCCAAUCCUUGCCAUUGCUUCCUGACCUUCACUGUAUUUGCUUUGCACUUAGCUCCAUUCCAGCAUUUGCCAGCAUCUACUGUCCUUCAGCACAUGAGUGUAGGACGCUGGAUGAAUCAUUUUGGGUUGUCAGUGGUGCGCAGUGUGGCUUUUUUCAUUCUUUUGAAAUCUUUGUUUUUUUCCCCUCGUAAUCUUUCAAGGAUUCCAUGGCCAACUGGUAAUUCUGUGACUGAAGAAUCGCACCAAAAAGCAGGGCCUUGAAUAUAAGUGACAAAGGUCCGCUCCAUGUGACCAGAUCUAACGCUGCAUUUUCUGACCAAAAAUACAGCAAAGGUAUAAGGAUGAAUGCAGUUUUAGUAAUUAAUAUUGCACAAAAGAAAAGCCUUCUUAAGUGCUCCACCAACUCAUAUGGUUACACUGCUAUUUGGCAAGUUCAUCUUUAAAUGUAUUAAAGUACAUCUCUUCUGAUGUGCUAUUACUAUUUUUUUUUAAAGUUUAACUUGUUCAGAAUUACUGAGUAAUGCAUAUAUUACCAGAAGAGCAAACUAACUCUGAAAAACACAUUCCUAUGUAGAAUAUGCAUUCCAUAAGAAUGUUUGUUUCAACUGUUUUUAUAUUUCUAAAAUUUUAGAUUACUACAGUAUUCUUACAUUUCAGACUUUUUUUAAAAAAAAAUCAGUGCUUAGAUUUAUACUGGAUCCAGUUUAGAUAUUUAUAGAGGUGACAUUUGCUUUAUAUUACUCAUUUAGUUUUCUUUAUACACAGGAAGAUCAUCAUUUUUACAAGACAACGGUUUUAAACCUCUCUUCACAGAAUACACAGGUUCUGAUAAAGUUGUUCUCUUGCAGCAAUAAUUUAAUGAUCUGUACUCUUGAGUACCAAUUUUUAUCCUCAACUUUGAUGAAAAUGACUCAGCUCCUGAGUUAAUUUUCUUAAAUAUAUUAAUUUAAUAAACAUAUAAUGUAAAAAAUGUGUAGGAAUGUUUCAGCUGGGUGCUGUCAAGCUUUGAGAGAGAGAGCUGUACUGCAUAUCUGUGACAAUGCCUGGAGUACUUUCCAUGCAUCUCUUAUGUGAAAGCAUACUGCUCUCAAGUUCAGUUUGGAGCUGGAAGUUAUCAAGAGGAUUGAUGGUCCAUGUAAAGAGUGAAUGGGGGAAAACAUGGACAUCUUAAAUAGUUAAAUGCCGUUAAUAGUUAACCAAAUUUCUCCUCCCUGAAAAAUGAAAGGGAGAGCAUUAACAUUUCUUUAAAAUUUUGAAAAAGACUACUAAAGAAUAUCUCCAGUGUGAUCCAAAUCUCAGCAAGUCCACUAACGUCAAUGGAAGUUUUGCCUGAGGGCAUGACUACGCUUGGAAAUUUACCAAAAUAGCUAGCUAUUCCAGAAUGGGGAGUUAUACCAGAAUAGCUACUCUGCAAUAAUUAUUUGGUAAGUUCAAAACGUAGAAAAGCCUUGAGUAAGGAUUACAAGACUGGACUUUGUGAGAGGUUGUUGGUACGACUUACAGAAAUAGAUUCUAGAUCAGAAUUAGUAAUCAAUUUGGGUUAAGUUAUUUUUGAAGUAUUUUUCCUGUAUAUACAAAGUGUUUUUCCUUCUGUUGUGUGUGUAUAUAUAGUUCCAUUCUUUUUUUUAUAAUCCCCUGUGGGGGUUUUGUACAUACAUAGGUUGCAGUGUUUGUUAGGCUUUAAUAAACUUGUUUUGUAAUUUUCCCU